CCCGCUGCGUUGCGGGGUGUCCUCCCGGUGCUGGUGACAAUUCCUCGGAAAUUCUCUUUUCAUCAUCCUCCAAGAGGACCUCCUCACUUAUGGUGAUUCCUCUUUGAUCUUUUGUGGGAGGUCGUGAUACUCUUAUAUAACCUCAUUGCAUUAACAUCGCCUAAUACCAUUGUGAAGCACGAGAGGACCCGUUGCUCUUAUCAUUUUUGUGUAUAAUCAUCCAGAGAGGACACGUUGGCCCUUUCGUCGAGGAUCUUAAAAAGACUCGAUGGAAUUUUUAUUUUAUUUUUCAACGUUUACGUGGAUCAAUCUCGUCGAAACGGAAUGACUCUUUUUCCUCGCUGAACGGAUCUUCGACAAGGAAGACUCUCAUUUGACUCGCAGGACACGAAAGGGCCUCAAGUUGACGAAGAAAAUUAUCCAGCUCCGAAGUUAACGUUUCGCUUCACGUAUUUACGGCAGAAGCCAUACCUUCUAAGAAUAUUCGCGAGAGAGGGAAGAUGCCUGAUUUCCCGGAGGGAAAAUGUCAAAGGGAACGGUGUCGGUAGGGGAUCAAAAGAGUGCAUAAACGUGGUGCGAUUACGUCGAUCCAAAAGGAAUGAUCCCCUUUAAGGGUCUGCACGACAAUGACGCUUACUACUGGCAUCCGUAAAAUUCAGGCUGAUGAACUUUCUCGAGAGAAGCGGCACGGAUGGCCGCUCUCAUUGAGGCUCGGGUGUGAACUCGAAAUAUUGCGCGACGUUAAUUAGCAGCGUCUAAUGAAUGUGUAUCAUCGUCUUAUCGCCGAUUGCACCCCAAGUGGGCUGGGCAUGUGUCAUAAAGUUGGCUGUUUGAUAAUUCUCGAUGCGGACUGCGUCUAAACCUUUUAUCUUGCACCCACGACGUCCCUAGACAUAGCCAUGAGCUCGGGAGGCAAUUAAAGAUACGAUUAAUGGGUAGUAAUUAAAUAUAAUUAAAGCCAGCCUCUGCGGCGGAAUACGAGAACGUAACUAUUCUCGUAUCCACCGUGCGGUGGUAGCCGCAUGCCAAUUAGCGCAUUAGCACUUAUCAGCCAUCGAGUGAUUACCUCGAUCUCCCCAGGACAAUAAAAUCAAUAACAGAGCAGAUAACGAGAGUAUUUAAGGUUGACUGUCAAAACAAAUAAUACCUAUGUGAUAGUUACAUAACAAAAAUAAAAAUCUGUGAAAACCUGCCGUUCCUUCGAUAUUUUUUAUUAAUUGAACUCGAACCGAUAAAAAAAAUCGUUAGUUAAUUAAUUGACACGUCAACGUUACGCGAAUCAAGACUAAUCGGUUAAGAGGGAAAUCGAAGAGUCACGUGAAUGGUGUCGGAGUCCUGUUAGACUUUCUCUGGAUCCAGAGAAUUUGAAAAGUAAGAAAAUGCCGGCACACUGCACGUGACAGACGGGGGAUCGGUUCGAGUCUUCUGCGGUGAGUAUCACAGUACCUGUGGGUGAAGUUGACGUGGAUUCCAACCCUUGUUGCCUGCCUAAUACGCUGAGGAGGAGAAUGGAAGAGCUGGAGACGCUGGAGAGUACCGAGUGUCCGGAGUGCCCUGGGCCACCCCCAGAGUUCAGGUUGCCACCGCCGCCACGACCGCCCUUUCUCACGGAGGGUACAUUCUGCUCGGAGGCGCCACUCGCUGAACUCGAGGACUGCGUCGCCAUUCCCAUGAUCGACGCAUCCUACCAUACGAAUCCAUCUCUUCAGAGCACUGCGUUGAUCAUCACCUGCGCUGUCGUUCUCCUCCUAAUGGCUGCCAUAAUCUCCGUAGUGUUUUGGAAGCAUAAGCGGAAAGUUCAGAACCUGUUGCCGUGCAAGAGCGCAGCAGGAGCAGCAGCCGCAGGUCGCGCGAGGGUGCUGCCGGAUGGGCAGCCUCACCCAACUCCCGGGACAGGUGGUCCAGUUCUGUACGAGGAUCUCCCGGAAGCCAUGGGCCACUCUCAGCUUCACAAUCAUCACCCGGGUCAUCCGAGCCAACCUACGAUCGAGAUGCUCGACGUAAAGGAGGGCGGACGUGGGGUUUUUGUCUGUAGCAGUCCUGGACCGGAUCCUUACACUUCUCAAGACCUCUACAAUCCCGUCUACGAGGAGCUCAGUAACGGAGAUCAUCCGGAGACAGACGAAGAGAACGAACUCAAUGCCAGGAAUCGUUUGCAUCAUCAUCAUCAUCUAUCGACCUCCAAACCGGCCAGUGAGGAUGAAUUUGCCGAGGAUGAACUCUCGGUUGGCGAACCUUCUGAAGCCAGGAUGCUCACGUCCACGGCACCAGCCUGGGGAACCUGUCCGGCUGCUGCGAGGCCACCCAGAGAACGCAGAGGCAGGAGUCCCAAGAGUUUGGAUAGACGUAGAAGAGACAAGAGUCAUGAUGUUGGCGAGUUUCACGAAGGAAUGCUACUCGACGCGUUGCUUCAACUUUAUCCAAGUGUUGCGGGUGUGGCUGGAGCAAGAGCAAUGAACAACCAGCGACAACAGUCCGUCCCGUCCGUCGCUCACAGGUUACCAUAUUUUGUACCGCCAAUGCCUGCGGCACAGGCUCUCAGGGUCGAGGAGAAUCCUUACGAGAGUGUGCCAGUCCUGGGCCCGCUGCAUCAUUACUCCACUCAGGGAAGAAGCAACAAAGACAAGUCUCGCAAAGGCGACAAGUACAAGUACAACAAUUACGGGCCAGAGUACUAUGGCCUUCAAAGUCAGGAUAACGUACCUGUUUAUACGCAAGUCGGUGGAGAGUACUCGGAUACCUAUUCUCAACCUAACGAUAGACUCUACACCGAGGACAAGUACUCUCAGCCGGUGUACUACACGCCCAGGGAUCCGGACCAGAUAUCCUCGGGUAGACUCUAUCAAGGACAACCUGAUAGCAGUUUUGGAAGUGACAGCGGCUACAGUCAUCACACUACUGGGACAACGGGCACAACUGGUACUCGGGGUAGUAACUCCAGGGCGAAUCACAGAAAGGACAAACAUCGGAAUUCACAUCAUUCUCAUCAUUCAGCUGAUUAUAUUGUGUCCUAAGCAAUAGCAUGGUUCAAAGGAUAUUCGGUUCCUGGUUCGUGUCUUUGGAUAUCUCGUUGUGCGAGCACCAGGAAAAACCGCUGCGAGUGAGAAGUGGUUUCCUAGGGGUCUCAAGAAGCCACGAGACUGUAUCCUUAGCCGUUGGACUGAAAUGCUAGUGAAAAACUCGAGAUACAGAAGAGAAAAGAAAUAUUCACUGUACUUGUACAAUAGAAAGAAAGGAAAAAAAAAGAAGUCUAAAAUCCGUGAUUUACGGUAGGCAAUAGGAAACGAAGACUAACGUAGUGAUCAGGAACGUGAUCUCUUAGUGAUUUAUAAACAGUAUAAGACUAUUUAACAAAUUGUAAUCCAAUGAGACUCAGGCUCACACCAAAGGACGCUAAAUAUUUUAAUUUAGCCUAAUCGUUUGUAAUUUAACAGUAGUGGAUGUAGUCGCGAUCGCAAGGGCGGCUGUGAAAUGUAUCGGUAAAACCCGAAGGGUAUUGUCGCGACCGCAGGACCUUCGAGAAACUUAUAAAAUAUUAAUCCAAAUCGAAAUUUCAUCCAGGCGGAAUUUGAUGAUUUUCGAGGAAACGCUUUACUCUUAAUAUUCAUGUACCGAAAUGCUAGAAAAGUCGAGCAAUCAACUCCAACUUCUUUUUUUCUAUCCAUCAAGUAGUCGCUCUAUAUCCGUCCCGUUUUUUUUUGAUGAUACAGGGCCAACCUUUUUUCACAGAAUCUGUUCAAAAAAUUCUGUCUGACUUUCACAUUUAUAAUUAUACCCAACAGUGCUAUAUGUAUUUUGACAUUUUAAUGCACAACGCAAAAGCCACGACGACAGAGUACCACGCCAGCGUUAGAACGACAAUGCACGUGGGUACAUUGUGCUCCAAUGGCGCUUUUUCGCUGAAUUUCUAUUCCGUUAAGAGAGAAAAAAAGCAAGUAUUCUCUUUCCCGCUCUAUUCUCUCCUAAAAAGCUUUUCUCAGUCGUCUCACAUUUAUUCACGUUUCACUGCUAAAGAGAAACAUUUGCUUGUUAUUAUGCGAGGCGCUACACGGUUACUUAUAUUUUCCUGGUCCCGUUCCAUCCCGCUGAGGAAACACAUAGCGCACUAUUAAAAAUUCGAUAUGGAUUUAACUUACGGCGAUUCGUCAGUAACGAUAUCUCGACUGAAAUGCCUCUUCCUCUUUCUUCGCCCUAUUUCGCAAGGGUGAUUCGGCAAGUGGCGCGUGUACAUUUUCAGGGGCUCUUCGAGCAUCACCCAGGUAGAGACCAAUAAAAGGAAUUCGUACUAGACUGUACAGUUACUAGAAUUCUAGGCAAUGCGCGGCCCGUGUACAUAAAAUCUCCUCCCGUAUAGCAUAGCUGUACCAUAUCGUUAUUAAAAAUAAUCGAAGCAUUAAAUUUAAUAUAUAAUUUUUAAAUUAUUUGUAACAAUGGCGUUGUAUUACUAUAGACACAAUUUAAACUAAUUUCAUUAACGGAAACGAAGAGGCUAUCGGUUUUAGGCAUUCGAGAAUCUUCCUUAUUUCGUCAAAGGUUACGGGAUACCCGUGAACUCCGUUACAAUUAAUUUGCCUCUUUGUUUCCGUCAAGUACUUCUCUUUGACUAUCUUCAGUAUUGUACACUUUCUAGCCACGGUAGUUCGAAUACCUCACGAGAGAUGCUCUGUUGUAUAUAUAAUUUUAUAUUGUAUACCCAAGAGUUGGGUAUGUAGGUACGUAAAAUAGGAUCUAAAUGAAAGAAAAGGAAGUAAAAUCUGCACGCGAGCGUCCCAACACCCUUUGUCCGUCCUUACAUGUCAAACAGCCACCUGCCAGGUCAUCGGCAGGUAAUACUUCUUCUCUUUGGCUAUACCUUUUCGUUUGUUACUUUUAAGAUAUAAUUCGUAAAAAAUCAUAUUCUUACGAUCAAUGAAGAAAGGCGAACAGAGGGUAGUCCGAAUCUCAAUCGCAGAUUUGAAAUGUGAAUUAAGGAUGGGAUUGUACUUAUCAUACAUAAGAUAUACGACAAGUCGAUCGAAAUGCAUUGAAUCAAAGAAUGCAUUAACCCGAUCAGACUGCGCGUGCGCGAGUGCUGCUUCGCUCGCGAUAAUUAAGAGUGAAUAAGACACGAGAUACACAGAAACAAAAAAAAACGCUUUUGUACCUUUUUGCGUCCAUGUUAGUCGAAACGUACGUUUGGAGAAUCGUUUUUUUAUAAUGCCCGCGAGUCCCCUAAGUUAUUCUUAUUUAUACAUAUGAUGAAUAUAUAUAAAUACUAUAAGUAUCCCAGCAUAUGUGUAAUCGAUUCCUACAUAGUUUUCGCAAUUGCAAAUUGUUAUAUUGAAUAUUAUUGAAUGGCGCAUCAACGCCAAUGAAGUCCCGCGACUCGUUACAGUUGAUUUGUAAAAUCAUGUUUUCAUUUUUUUUUUUUUUCUUCCUAAUCACGAUUCCUUCGUUAUGACGGAGAGAAAUACACGAGAGUGAGUUUUUUUAUAUAAUGAAAUUUUUUAUUUAUUACGGCCAUAGGUGUUACACGCGCGACGUUGUUGCUCGCGACGAGGACCUAUCGGCGUGUCACGAUUCCCGCAUUUAGCGCUAAUUUUAGAUAGCGAACGACACACAAUAUAAUAGGCACUAGAGUACCUCGGUAACAGUAGCGCUCUUGAAAGUUAGCUUGCACGGGCGUUCUCUCCUUUGCCAUCGUAUCUUUUGUAAGGUAACUUCGUGAGAGUCAAUAAAAGGGGAAACAAGAAAAUACUUAAACACGAAAGACAAAAGCAUGCGAACAAUUUGAAAUUAAACGAGAAAUGGACCAAAGGUAUGGGAGGUGGAGAACAAAAGAAAAUAUGUGCAAAGAGUUCGGAACAAAGGACUAAAGACGAGAGAGGGACUAUUGAUUUAUGAUGGAAAGGAAGAACACCAGCUCGCAGAACAGGGUAACUAGUUCUAACAUCUAUCUCUAGAUCACUUAAAUCUAAAUCACUCGAUCACCUGACGGGUAUCACCUAACCUAACUUAAACACUAUCACACCUUCGUACUAAUAAACAAUUUACUAUUCAA